AUGGAGCCUAUACCCGAAGCACAAUCUCCCCGUCCCAGUGCGGAUAAACCCCAACGUCGGGUGAGCGAGCAUCCCAACGAGCCGAUUUUCGUAAAGGAGGAGACGCCCACCUCCUUCGUCCAACGCAACGCACGUUCACCGAGGCCUGAACCUGGGGAGGAACACCCCAAGACCCCCGAGCCUAGUUCUGAACCGGUGCUAUCACGUCAACCAUCUUCACAGACGGAGAAGCCAGAGUCCCCUAGGCCGGAACCUGAACAAGAGAAGCCGCGAACACCGACGCCGGAGCCAGAAAUCAAGACAUCUACGCCAGUCCAGCGCACAGCAUCUCUGCAGUCGGAAGACAAGACCUUAGAGGCCGCUUCACCAACAGAGCCUGCUCCCACGUCUGAGCCAGAUACCAGUCCCAACAAUAAGCCUUCUCUACUAAAGCGCAUCCGCUCUGGCAUCCAUCACGACAACGAAGCCUUCAAGGCCAAGGCGCAUACACUUUUCUAG